GUGGCAACACAGCUGUGACACUGUCAACAGUUUAAUUUGUUAUUUGUUUUGACGUUCAUGUUAUUACUUAGGAUUAAAAUCAUUACACGGCCGCCAAAAUAAUGUUUUCUAAUGCUUAAUUGAUCCAAAAUUGACACAAAAUGUUCGAAAUUAUGUGCUGCUAGUCCUCAUCGCGGAAUCGACAGGUCAUCGAGAAACCUAACCUCAAUAAUACCCAUUACAGACCAUCAUUCACAGGUGAUUUUUUUAAAAAUAGGAGAGAAUAAUGGCAGAUCUUCUGGUGCUAGAAUGGUUAGACGAAUUCGAGUCACUCACUGAGAGUGAAAUACAUACGUAUUCCAACGAACAAGAGCAUAAUCACGAAGUUAUGAUAGCCUUGUAUAAUGUCCUAUCAGAACCCCAAAAGUGCAAAUCUGAUCAUCUAGUAGAUGGUGUUUGCCAACAAUUAUUGAACUUUUACCGUUCUGGUGAAUCUCAUUUGAGGAGGUUCACUGUACAGUUCAUUCCAGCUCUUGUUUUCUUACACCUGUCUGAUAAAUCCUAUUCAGCUGUCCAAACCUUAUUGGUUAGCUUGUACAAUCUUGAGGUGAUAGAUGCCAAGGGUCAGCCACGUACCCUAUCCUUCAGAGUCCCCAGUAUAGCACAAUCCUCCAUAUUCCAUGACUCCUCAAGCCUUGAACCAGCCUUCAUUGCAGAGAAUUCUCUGAGAAGGUGGGAGGAGUGCAAUACCAAGCUUGUCAGCUGGGGGCCCUUGCCGCAAGUUGAAUGUAUUAAUGCCCAAAACAGACAGAGGUUGGCUACUGCUCUAAUAUUCAUUUACAAUCAGCAAUUGUCUAAUGUUAUGCCACAAGGGGUGGAACAUACUUGUAGGGGGAUAUCUAGGUUAGUAACACAAGGCUUCAAUAACAACUCAGAUAGCAUUAGGAGUUCCAUUGAAAGUGAUAUUGGCAGCAGCCAACAUGGUUUGCUAAGGAGGAUACCAGUGUCUAGUCCCUUACUUGUGGAACUACUUCAUAUUAUCUAUCAUGCAGCUGAACGUUGUACUUCAGUUGCUAUGCAAGCAUUACAUGAUGUUGUGCAAAGAGCAGGCUAUGAGUCCUAUGCAGAAGUCCUACUGGCCGCCAACGCUAUCAAAAAUCUCCUUCACCAUUCGCCCGCCGUUUCUGCCGCCCCCAGGCCGUCUCACGUGCCCAGCGUGUCCAAAUCGAUGAUAACCAACGCGUCGUUCAGAACGAAGAAGCUUCCCGAGCCAAUUUCCCGUGUUUUCGUGAGGGUGGUUAAUUUCGAGGAAAAAUGGCUUUUGAAUCCAAUUCAACCUAUCCCAACUUCUAUCAAUACAUAUGCCUCUUUCCUGGACCUGACUAAGGCAUUCGACUGCAUAUCCUUUGAAAUUCUUUAUAAAAAGUUAUUCUACUACAACUUCGAUAUGAGCAGCGUAUCCCUUAUCCAGUCCUAUCUUGAAGAAAGGGAACAAUAUGUUCUUUUUAAAAAUCAACCCUCAGGAAUAAGAGGGAUUCAGCAUGGUGUCCCCCAGGGCUCAGUGUUGGGUCCCCUGUUGUUCCUUGUAUAUAUCAAUGACCUACCAAAUACCAAUAAUCUAAUGAAUUUACUGAUAAUCCUAUUUGCUGAUGAUACCACAUCAUUGUUACGUUACCAUCCCUCUGAUCCAAUUCUGCAGUGGACUCAAAGCAGUCAGGUACGAAUUGAGAACUGGUUUCUAGCCAAUAGGCUUAGCCUCAAUAACAGUAAAACUCAAUUCAUUAAUUUCACUUUACAAACUUCUCCACCGAACCUAGAAAGUGAUGCAUCUGUGAAGUUUCUGGGGGUUCACCUAGAUCCUGGACUGUCCUGGGAAACACAUAUCACUCAGCUCAGCUCCAAACUGUCUAGAAUCACCUUCUUGAUAAGGAACGACAUUCCCAUCCAAGACCCCGCCCACCAGACCGCUGCCCCGCCCAUCCCCGCCUCUGCCGACCCCGCCCUCGACUCCAUCACGGAGGAGCAGGAGGAGGGCGAGCGGGCCGGGCGGGCGAAGGGCGGGGCGUUGAAGCACCUGCCCAAGAUACCCGGCAUCGGGAAGAAGCACAAGGCGAAGGGCGCAGGCGCGGACCAGCAGAUAGAGUUGACCGUAGGGGGCGGGGAGACGGGAGGGGAGGCGAUGGGUGGCGAGGGGAAUCAUUCGGUGCACGUGAGCGUCGUGUAGCGAGCGAAGUAGGUGUAGGUUAGAGUUCCUGGAUCUGACGUUU